AGAAGCUCAUUAUUUGGCAACCGGAGUGGCAGCGGGCAGGGCUGAAUAGGGGAUCCCCGGGAUCGUUUUUUUUUUUUUUUUUUUCUUUCUUCAUCGAAUUACAGGAGUAAAUAGUCUGUCAAAACAAGUGAAAAGCGUUACAGCGACACCUCUUCUCCGCAGUGAUGUCGGAGGAGGCGGUGCGUCAGACGCGCAGCCGGAAGCGGGCCCUGGAGAGGGAUGUGGUUGCCCCUGGCAGCCCUGGAUGGGAGCUGGACAGUAAGAAGGUAAAGCUGGAGAACUGUGACCUGCUACCUGCAGCAGAUGGACCUAUAGCUCUCGUGGCUGUGGGUGGAGGAGGAGAUGUGGUGAAGACUGAGCAGACAGCCAAGGUGGCCAGCAUGAGCAUCCUGAAGACCGGUGAGGUUAAGGCUACCAUCAAAGUGGAGGUGCAGACCGGGGACAGGCCUGUAGAUAUGAGCACAUCCAAGAGUGACGUAAAGAAAGAGAGGCAACCCCUGUCACCAAACAAUGAUGUCAUAGUGCUGUCAGACAACGAGCUGUCCAUCCCCAUCGUGAACGGCCUGAACUACUACAGAAAGACAGACACUGACCUGCUCAUGAAGAGCAGCCCAGAUGAGAGGGAGCGCAUCAUCAAACAGUUGAAGGAGGAGCUGAGACUCCAGGAGGCCAAGCUGGUUCUGCUGAAGAAACUACGACACAGCCAGAUCCAGAAGGAGAGCACUGUACAGAAGCCAACCUCUGGCUCUGUGGCUACUCCUCCACCUCUGGUCAGAGGCAGCAUCGCAUCAGGCAAAGGACCACUACAGGUGUCGUCAGGCCGUAGCUCAGGCAUAGUGAUCCCUCCUCCAUUAGUCCGGGGUGGGCAGCACGUCCCGUCCAAACUGAACUCCCAGACUGUCAUGCCACCCCUCGUCAGAGGGGCACAGCCCAUUGCGGUGUCUCCCCAGCAGAUUGCGUCCUUGCGGCAGCAGCAGCACUCUGGGUCGGCCCCCCCUCCCCUGCUGCUGGCCCCCAGGGCCUCGGUCCCCAACGUCCAGGUGCAGGGUCAGAGGGUCAUCCAGCAGGGCCUUAUCAGGGUGGCCAAUGUCCCCAACACCAACGUCCUGGUCAACAUACCACAGGUCAGAACACACUCUAUCACCCAGGUCAGUCAGAAACAUUACUACAUUAUUGCCAGGUCACCAGUGUACUGGCCAGCAUCUUACAUUAAGUCCUCUUCCAAAACGCACAUUUCAUCCCCACAGUGUUGGACUCCCAACAGCACUAUUCCUUCAUCUAAUUUCAUCCUGACUAGUGAGCGUGUCUCUGUUUCCCAGGGCUCUCAGAAGGGCUCAUCUGUGACGUCUCAGGCUGCGAUGGGCAGUGGCGUGUCCACGGUCCAGGCCAACGAGUCCCCGGCUGCUCGCCAGGCGGCCGCCAAGCUGGCGUUGCGUAAGCAGCUGGAGAAGACACUGCUGGAGAUCCCUCCUCCCAAACCUCCCGCGCCCGAGCGCAACUUCCUGCCGUCAGCAGCCAACAACGAGUUCAUCUACCUGAUGGGCCUGGAGGAGGUGGUGCAGAACCUGCUGGACACACUGGGACGGGGCAAGAAACAGGGUCAGUCAGUGACCCCCAUCCCCAUGGAGCCGCACACCUGUGCCCAGUGCAAGACGGAUUUCACGUCGUGCUGGCGCUCGGAGAAGAGCGGCCCCGUCCUGUGCGACCAGUGCAUGUCGUCCAACCUCAAGAAGGCCCUGAAGGCGCAGCACACCAACCGUCUGAAGGCGGCCUUCGUCAAGGCCCUGCAGCAGGAGCAGGAAGUAGAGCAGCGGAUCCUCCAGCAGGCCGCCUCCCCCGUCUCCAAAAUGCCCUCUUCUUCCUCAAGGAUGAAGAGUGAGCAGCAGCAGCAUGUGCUGGUGUCUCAACAGUACAAGCAGGCGAGAGCCCAGCUCCAGCUCCAGCAGCAUAGAGGCAUGCCUAUGGCCCGCCACCACUCCUCCAUCAAGCAGAGCUCUGGUCAGAUGUCCCGUAGUGUGCAGCAGGUGGUGGGGUCUCGCGGUGUCACUCACUCGUUCUCCACGUCCUCUCAGCAGCUGCAGAAUGCUGUGACCGCAGCGUCGCUGGUCAGCAGGCCAGGUGUGACCAUGGGCUAUGUGAACCCCAGCCUGUCUGUCCACAAGACCACCACCUCAGCCAACCUGGAGCGCCAGAGAGAGUACCUCCUGGACAUGAUUCCCUCCCGCUCCAUCUCCCAGACAGCCAACACAUGGAAAUAACACCACCACUUAUUAUCAAUCUUAAUAAUAGUCAUUCUCAUGAUUAACCUAACAAUGGAAUUCUCUUGGGAAAACAGCGCCAGAUGAUCUACUCUGGAGUUAUGAAAUAAAACCAAUUCCCAAUUCAUCUUCCUCUGAUGUCCAGAGUCUUCAGUUCCAUUGUGGAGUACUGGUGUUACUGGGACAGUACAGGGCUCUGAGAUACACUACAUCCCAUGGGUCAAAGGGGUUGCAUGGACUUCAUCUCUCUCAAACAGUUUUGGUGCCCAUCUGCCCUGUCCUCCAUGGUCAGUUCUGAUCUUCACACAUUCGCACUGAGAGGGAUGGAUGUACCAGGCCAGAAGUAUCUUUGGCUCUGCAGGUGACAGGACAGUUAACACCCCCCCCCUGCCCCCCCUCCCUUCUACCUGGAAGAGCCAGGACCGGGUCUCUCUCUGGCCUCACUGACUGACUGACUUAGACUAGAGGACCAUCCACGGAAUAUGAAAAUGGCUUCAGCUUUGCAAAAACAAAAUAAUAAAAAAGACUUGGGGGGGAAAAAAUCUAAACAUCUAUACAUACAGACUGCUUCUUUUGAGUCGACAGUGGUGCAGAACUGAGGAGAAGCCUACAGUGUGUCUGGUUAUUUUGUAUGGUUGAAUGUUAGAUUAAUUUUAUUUUUUUCUGUAAAUCAUAUCCUGUGUCGAGAGAUUGUACUAUUUUGGAACUGGACUCAUGGAGGUCUGUGUUUGAAAGGUAACAUUACUGUUGAGGUGGUUUUACAUCUGAUAGUUUAGUGUAAACAUUUUUUUUUUAAACUUGUUUUCUAAGCUGAAAAAACCAUGAAGUAAAUGACUUAAUACUGUAUGUACAAACACAGAACAUAUUGUGGGAGGACUAUUCUUGAAAAUAGUUUUGAAUUUUUUUUACCUUCCAAAGAAAUUGUUGCACCCAAAUGGAUCCCUUCUUUCUUCUGUUUUAACCCUCGGCGUUAAAAUAAAGAUGGGAUGUGCUUGUUUUCCUGAAAUGCAAGAGAGGGGGAAGGGACGUGAUCUUAUGAAAUAAUUGUGCUUUUAGUCAUCAGUUGUGGUGCAUUACUUUUCUUCUAGGCAAAUGCCGUCUCUGGGUGUAGUUGUAGGGUCAUUAGUUAAGAUAUUGUUUACGCCCUCAGUUCCAAUGGAUCUACUUUAGAUGACGUGUCCAGCGGUUCCUACACGCCCACUCAUUGAUCUAAAAGGCUGGACAGCUUUCAGAAUGUAGUUAUGUGAAAACCUAGCAACAUUAUACUUUUAGUAUUUUCUUUUACAAAGGUGAGUGUAUGAGUUGUCACGUCCCUUAAUUAGCUAGCUAGUCCGUCUGGUGGAAAAGCCAGCGGUAUUUUACUUUUAUAGGUGGUGCAAUACAGGGCGAGAAGCUGUUGAAAAAUGCACCAUGCUUACAAAGCUCCCUCAGAAGGAAUAAGACGGUGCCGUGUCAGUAUAUGAGGGCUUAUGAGGUUACGCUUCUGUAUCAAAACAACAUGGUUCAGAACUACACCACAGUUCAGUGGCCUAGUAGAAAUUAAAGGAAAGGAAAUGAUCAAACAAUGCUACAAUUUAGGUUGUAUCUCAAUGUCUUGUGCAGCCACAUUCAUGUUUAAUUUUUUUCCUAUAAAAUGUCCAUGCUUUCUCCUGAUAUGUUUUGAUAGCAGUGUGUGUCCUUAGACAGUACAGUCUUAAUUAAUUAAUACAUUUUCACAUGAACCCUGUUGUUUUCUGUAACCUUAAGCUAUUUGUCUGACCACCUAUUAUCAUAAUUUUGUCACCUUGUUUUUUCAUAGCUGCCCCUAGAUCAGAUUUCAGAUGGAUUCAUUUGCUUGCAUCUCGAAUAACACCACAUCUCCAUAUAGUGAACUACUUAAAGAGCUGUGAGUAAAAGUGUUCAACUAUAUAGGGUGUAAUUUGGUAUUUGCCUGUUUUGUCAAUCUCUUGGGGGCCUGCUCUCAGAAACAUGAUGGCUGAUGGUGAUUGUCUUGGCCAGUGUUCCAGGGGUUAUAGCUAGAACGGCUACAGCUUAUUUGUCGAAUUGGCCAAAAAUGACUUCAUAGCAGGUUAGGAGAAUUAGGUUAAGGUUAGGAAAAGGAUUAGGGUUCGUGAAAAUACAAACACUUUUGACGUCAAUUUCACAUAAGCUGUAUCCAUCUAGCAAUGACCUGUUCCAGGCUGCUGGUGCAGCAGCCACUACUGUGCUGUCCUGAAUACUGCCUGCUGCAGUUCGACAACCAAACACCAUUCCAUUUUACCAGGGGUGCUAGUACUGUUUAGACUAAAGCAUAGCACCUAACCCUGAACUUUUCUUUUUUCUUUCUUUACAAGAAAUGCUUCUAUUUGUUUUUGAUUUUUUUCCCUGUCAAGUAAUAAUAAUAAAACAAAUUUUAAGCCCAU